AUGUCCGACCCGAACGCCAGUGAAGCGGAGAAGAACAUCGAGAUAUGGAAGGUUAAGAAGUUGAUCAAGCGGCUUGAGGCUGCGCGUGGAAAUGGCACUAGCAUGAUUUCCUUGAUCAUCCCGCCCAAGGACCAAGUCUCCCGCGCGGCCAAGAUGUUGGCUGAAGAAUACGGCACCGCGUCGAACAUUAAGUCGCGUGUCAACCGACAGUCCGUCUUGUCGGCCAUCACGUCGACGCAACAGCGCCUCAAGUUGUACAACAAGGUGCCCCCUAAUGGCCUUGUCGUCUACUGCGGUGAAAUCUUGACGUCAGAGGGCAAGGAGCGGAAAGUCAACAUCGAUUUUGAGCCGUUCAAGCCCAUCAACACGUCGCUCUACCUCUGCGACAACAAGUUCCAUACUGAGGCUCUUGCUGAGCUUCUCGAGUCGGACCAGAAGUUUGGUUUCAUCGUCAUGGACGGUAAUGGAGCGCUCUUUGGCACGCUCAGCGGCAACACGCGUGACGUGGUCCAGAAGUUCUCGGUCGAUCUUCCCAAGAAGCACGGUCGUGGUGGUCAAUCUGCGCUGCGUUUUGCCCGUCUGAGAGAGGAGAAGCGGCACAACUAUGUCCGCAAGGUUGCCGAGCUGGCGGUGCAGAACUUUAUCACCAACGACAAGGUCAACGUUGCCGGCAUCGUCCUGGCUGGUUCUGCCGACUUCAAGAAUGACCUGAACGCAUCCGACAUGUUUGACCCGCGUUUGCAGGCCAAGGUCAUCAAGGUCGUCGAUGUCUCGUACGGUGGCGAAAACGGCUUCAACCAGGCUAUCGAGCUGUCGUCCGAGACGCUCGGUAACGUCAAGUUCAUCCAGGAGAAGAAACUGAUUGGCAAGUACUUUGAGGAAAUCAGCCAGGAUACGGGCCGUGUCUGCUACGGCGUGGAGGAUACGCUCAAGGCACUGGAGCUCGGAGCCGUUGAGACGCUUAUUGUUUUUGAAAAUCUGGAGAUAACCCGCUGGACCCUGAAGGACAGCAACGGCAGCGAAACCAUCCUGCAUACAACCAAGCAGCAGGAGCAGGGCAACCGUGACAAGUUUAUGGACAAGGAGACCGGCCAGGAGAUGGAGGUGGUCUCGCAGGAGUCAUUCCUCGAAUGGAUUGCCGAGCACUACAAGGAUUUCGGUACCACGCUCGAAUUCGUUUCGGACCGAUCCACUGAGGGCAACCAGUUCGUGAAGGGCUUUGGCGGCAUCGGUGGCAUCCUCCGGUACAAGGUCAACUUCGAGCAGUUAGCUGACGUGGACGACGAUGAUGACUACUACGACGAUUGA